AUGAGCUCUCACGUCGUAGUCAUAGACUCGACUGCUCGAAGAGCUACCAUCAAAACCACUCCUGGCAAAUAUUUAACCGAUGUCUUGCAAGAAGCAUGCGCCAAACUGGGCGCGGACCCCAGCCAAUGUGGUCUGAAACACAAGAGUAAACAGCUGGACCUCUCACUUGCCUUCCGUCUCACAGGACUCACGUCCGGUGCCAAACUUGAGCUUGUACAGCAGUCUCGAUCGCCCUCCGUCGUCACGGUCGCUAUACAACUGCCCGAGUCAGAAUCACGCGGAGUUCCCAGCGGCCGUCUCUUGGAUAGAUUCCCCAGCUCUACGACUUUAUGGCAUAUCUUACGAAAGUUUGAGGCUGGUGUUGCAGGAGGAGGGUCGACUCGAAAUCUCACAGCACGUGGUGUCCCCUCAACAGAUAAUGGCAGUACCGGCGCAGGAAGGUUGUUUUACGAGAUCCCCGUGUUGCAGGUCCUGGGACGAGAGAUGUCGACAUUUACGGAUCUUCAAAAGUCACUGGCGCAGCUGGGGUUCAAUAGUGGGAAUGUUUUGUUAAGACUGAGUUUCCGGCGCACAGAAGAGCCUCUGGAGGUGGCUAUGGUUAAGAUCCAGGAUUACUUCAAGGCGGUUGAAGACGACAUGGCAGCGACUACAACGGCAGCGACAGCGACGCAAGACCAACUUGCACCGGCUCAGGCGACAUCCGACGAGCAGCCAACAGGCAUCGAACCGAGUGGCGAACCUCCUCAACCCUCUCCCGCCGUCUCCGAACAACCAUCUCACAUCACUCCACCACUCCCCGCUACUUCUACCGAGCCAGCCGCGAAUCCAAUGGCAGCCUCUCGUCCCAUAACAGUCUUCUCCCCUCCCACCAGCAGCACACCUCAGUCCGCUCAAUUCACCUACAAUGACAAUGACUACGUUCCAUCGGUUGAGCACGCACAAGCCCACCAGCGCCGUCUUAACGAGACUUCACGACCGCAACGUCUACCAACAGAUGCAGAAAUUGCAGCAAAGGAAUCAGCAGAGGCAGAAAGGCUAGCGUCUGUAAAGGAAAUCGACGUGAAAGUCCGGCUUCCCGACCAGAGCCAGGUGGUGGCCAAGUUCGGGCAAUCGGAUACUGGUAAGUCUCUUUACGAUUUUGUGAGAAGCUGCUUGGCGGAACAAUUUGUGCGGGAGAAAUUCCUUCUCGCAGUCUUUCCCACUGCUGGAGGUCUAGGUCCCGGUGCAGGAAAGAAGCUUCAAAACGUGGUCCCCGACUCGGAGCGUUCUUUGUUAAUCAAAAACCUCAACAUGGUUGGACGAGUGCUUGUCAGCUUCUCCUGGGACCCCAGUGUCCCUUCUGCUGUGCGAGGGAACAAAACUAGUCUUCUGAAGCCAGAGCUCCAAGGUCAGGCACAGCAACUCAAAGUCGAACAACCAGCAGCUGUGCCAGAUGAGCCCGCUGGUGGUUCGCGAGUGGAAGGCACAGAGCAGCGCCAGAAUGAGAAACCUGCGCGGAAACCAGGAACUCUGCCCAAGUGGCUCAAGUUACCUGGGAAGAAAUGA